AUGGCUACCGAUGCGAAUUCCAACUCAUUGAAAUGGUCCGCGCAGCUAACCGUCACCCCACCCGUACGAACGCCGAAGCUGCCAGGAGACAAGAUUCUCCUGCCUCAGUCGGCUCUCGAACAACUUCUCGCUGCUGCACCAGUAGUGGAGGAGCCCAGCUCCUCCCGUAUAAAUCAUACUCCAGGGUUUGAUCCUUUCAAUCCAUACACCUUUGCCGCCGAAGCCCGAGCUCGAGCAGCCGUGGCUUCGACCCGCCAACCACAACUUCCCCACCCGCUCACUUUUCGCAUCGUCAAUCCACAGAACGGCCGGGUCAUCUAUGCUGGUAUCCGUGAAUUUUCAGCGAGGGAUGGUGAGGUCAGUCUCAGCAGUUUUCUGCGACAGUCUCUGGGUUUGGAAGAUGGUUAUUUCCUGCGGGUUGCCGAGGGCGGGACAGGCGAGGCGCUGGACGUGGCCGAUACAACUGAUGUUGCUGGGUCUCAGAAAGAUUUGCUUCCAACGGUAACAGUCCAUGCGAAGCAAUUACCAAAGGGAACAUACGUCCGCCUGCGUCCGCUGGAAGCGGGCUACGAUCCCGAGGACUGGAAGGCGCUCCUAGAACGCCAUCUGCGGGAUAACUUUACGACUUUGACGACCGGAGAGAUCCUCACAGUUGCCGGAGGUCGCCACGGAGACUUUCGAUUCCUGGUGGACAAGGUGUUGCCAGAAGGGGAUGGAAUUUGCAUUGUGGACACCGAUCUGGAAGUUGACAUUGAACCUUUGAAUGAGGAACAAGCCAGGGAAACUCUACAGAGACGGUUGGAAAAGGCCUCUCGUGCGCCUGGAACGAAAGAAGGAAGUUCACUAGGCGGGCCUAUUUCGCUAGGGCAAGAGGUCUUUGGUCAGGUUCGGAGAGGAGAAUAUGUGGAUUAUGAACUGCGCGAGUGGGAUCGCGAAGCGGGUCUUAAUGUUGAGCUUGAGGCCGCUGAUGGUGCAGAUAUCGAUCUCUUGGUCAGCCCUUUUUCGUCGCGGCAAAGGGCCCGUCCAAGGGACGAUGAGCAUGUGUUUGGGGAUCUGUCGACGAGGUCCCCCAAGCGGCUUAAACUACAGCCGACGAAUAUCGAGUUGGUGGACGCCGAGGCUUUAUACAUCUCAGUGCAUGCAUUUCCUGUGACGCAGGACUCGAAGGACGGUGACAGGGAUGACCGGAAGGGGCCACUGCAGUACAACCUGCGGGUUACACAGACAUCCUUGGCUGAUGAAAAGGAGAAUGAAGAAGCUCACGACCCCGAAGAUGUUCAAUGCAAGAAUUGUCACCAAUGGGUCCCGAAAAGGACCUUGUUUUUGCACGAGAACUUCUGCUUUCGAAACAAUGUCUUCUGCCCGAAAUGCAAGAACGUCUUCCAGAAAUCCUCUGCAGAAUGGCAGAAUCACUGGCAUUGUCCGGAUGACGACGCCUAUGGAAAUGAUGCUUCAAGCAAGAUGAAACAUGACACUGUCAGCCACAGCUCUUAUUCAUGUCCUAACUGCUCGUUCGUGGCUCCGAAUUUACCAGGUCUCGCUCACCACCGGACGGCGACUUGCCCGGGAAAACUCAUUCUCUGCCAAUUCUGUCACCUCCUUGUCCCACAGCAGGGAGAUUCAGAUCCGGACGUCACUGACCCCGAAGUAUUAUUGUCCGGCCUGACGCCUCACGAGCUCAUCGAUGGGAGUCGUACCACGGAGUGCCAUCUGUGCAAUAAGAUUAUCAGGCUUCGCGAUAUGAAGACACAUCUUCGCCAUCACGAUUUAGAGCGCUUGUCUCGACCGCCACCUGCAAUUUGUAAAAAUGAGAAUUGCGGUCGUACAUUACUAGGCUCCGCCAGCAAAGCAACCAACGACUCUCUUGGCCUGUGCGGCAUUUGCUUCGGUCCUCUCUAUGUGGACAUUCAUGAUCCGGAAGGGAAAGCUCUUCGUCGACGCAUUGAGCGGCGGUAUCUGUCGCAGAUGUUGACUGGGUGUGGGAAACCUUGGUGUCACAACCGGUAUUGCAAAACGGGACAGAAGCAGACGACAUCACCAACACCGUUACCAUCCGGGUCCAAAGAGAUUUUGGAUAUCGCCAAACCCUUGGUUGACGCCAUUAGUGUGAAGCCGGGAGUCGCCAACGCCGCACCAUUUUAUUUCUGCACAGACGAAACGAGCCAGCAACGACGCAUUCUUGCUGAAAUGCUCGCUGCUGAGGGUGUCUAUGAUAUUGAAUGGUGCGUCGCAGCUGUCGAGGCUGGAGCGGGUGACUUGGACAAGGCAAGAGAUUGGCUAAAGGGGUGGGCGCCUAGAAAGGGUGAAAUACGAACAACUUAG